GAUCCGUUGGCUGUCGUUCGUUCGGUCUUUGCGAUAACUCCGGUGAAAAUAAACCACCGUCUCCGAGGUUUUCUCGGACUCGAAGAAGACAGUUCAUUCUCUUACGCAAAUGUUUCGGCGUUUAUUGACAGUUCGCUCUUAUGAAAUGCUGUCAGACGAGCUAACUUGUUCCGCUAGGCGACCGUCUCUGUCAGUUUAACCGUAGGUGACUUGUGACGUUAGCCGGGUGUUUUGUGGGGUUUUACUCGAAAACGACUCUUCGAGGCGCGUUGGAAAGUUGGAGACCUCGUCGGUUUCGGGUGAGGUCUCCUUGGGCUGAUUGUGCGAGGUUUCAUUCACAAUGAAAGCAGCGCCACAGGCUGAGGGGAAUGGCUUGUGAAUUAUCCCAGUCCUGCCACCUGCAGUCGGGCAUCCUCCUCCUCCUGCUCUGAAGGACGUCAGUUGUUUAUGGGAACUACUGGCAUUGGUCUCCUGAGGAUAUAGCUCUCCUUUUGGGACGCCAUUUUUCCUCCCUUGCUGAGACACGGUGUAGCCAGGAGACAUGGCUAACAACUCAUACAGCGGGGUGAAGAACUCUGUGGCUGAGCCCAAUCAUGAUGGAGAGUUUGGCUGCUCACUUAAAGAGCUGCGCUCUCUCAUGGAACUGCGAGGGGCUGAAGGAUUACACAAAAUCCAGGAAUCUUAUGGGGACGUUAAUGGACUUUGCAACAGACUGAAAACAUCACCAGUAGAUGGAUUAAGUGGGCAGCCUGCAGAUAUUGAAAAAAGAAAAGUAGCAUAUGGACAGAACUUUAUACCUCCGAAAAAGCCAAAAACCUUUCUUCAGUUAGUAUGGGAAGCAUUACAAGAUGUAACAUUGAUUAUUUUGGAAGUGGCAGCAAUAGUUUCUUUAGGCCUUUCUUUUUAUAAACCUCCGGAUGCAGAAAAUAGAAAUUGCGGGGAGGCAGCGGGUGGAGUAGAAGAUGAAGGAGAAGCUGAGGCCGGAUGGAUAGAAGGAGCAGCUAUCCUCCUGUCUGUUAUUUGCGUGGUGCUUGUGACGGCCUUCAAUGACUGGAGCAAAGAGAAGCAGUUCCGUGGCUUACAGAGCCGCAUUGAACAAGAGCAGAAGUUUACGGUGGUUCGGGGAGGGCAAGUCAUUUCGAUCCCUGUAGCCGAGAUUGUCGUCGGGGACAUUGCACAAAUUGUAUAUGGUGACCUCCUGCCUGCUGAUGGCGUUCUCAUCCAGGGCUACGACCUCAAAAUUGAUGAGAGCUCUUUAACUGGAGAGUCUGACCAUGUGAAGAAAUCAAUGGAGAAAGAUCCUAUGCUGCUGUCAGGUACUCAUGUCAUGGAGGGCUGUGGAAAAAUGCUUGUCACUGCUGUCGGAGUCAAUUCCCAAACUGGAAUCAUUUUCACGUUAUUGGGGGCAGGAGAAGAUGAUGAUGAUGAUGAGGAGAAGGAAAAGAAAAAGGAGAAGGAGAGAAAGAAAGAGAAGAAAAAUAAAAAGCAGGAUGGCUCUGUGGAGAACAGAAAGAAAGCUAAAGCCCAGGAUGGUGCUGCAAUGGAGAUGCAACCUCUAAACAGUGAUGAAGGGACUGAGGGCGAAGAGAAGAGAAAAGCCAACUUGCCAAAGAAAGAGAAAUCCGUUUUGCAAGGGAAACUGACCAAAUUAGCGGUCCAAAUAGGAAAAGCGGGUCUGGUGAUGUCAGCCAUCACAGUGAUCAUCUUGGUGGUGCUGUUCGUGGUGGACACUUUCUGGGUGCAGGGACUUCCUUGGGAAAAAGAGUGUACUCCCAUUUACAUCCAGUUCUUUGUCAAGUUCUUUAUCAUCGGUGUGACCGUACUGGUGGUGGCCGUCCCUGAGGGUCUUCCGCUAGCAGUUACCAUCUCACUGGCUUACUCUGUCAAAAAAAUGAUGAAAGACAAUAAUUUAGUGAGGCAUCUUGAUGCCUGUGAAACCAUGGGCAAUGCCACAGCCAUCUGUUCGGAUAAAACGGGGACUUUGACUAUGAACCGGAUGACAGUUGUUCAGGUUUUUAUUGCUGACAAGCACUACAGAAAAGUUCCUGAACCUGAUGUCAUUCCUACCAACACCAUGAGUCUGCUCAUACUGGGCAUCAGUGUCAACUGUGCUUACACCACCAAAAUCAUGUCCCCUGAGAAAGAGGGAGGCCUGAAUCGUCAGGUGGGCAACAAAACUGAAUGUGCCUUGCUGGGCUUUGCCUUGGACUUGAAAAAAGACUAUCAAGCAAUCCGCAACGAAAUCCCUGAAGAGAAGCUUUACAAAGUCUACACCUUCAACUCCGUCAGGAAAUCCAUGAGCACCGUGCUAAAGAAUGAAGACGGAAGCUACAGAAUGUUCAGCAAAGGGGCCUCUGAGAUUCUGCUGAAGAAGUGUUAUAAAAUCCUGACAGCGACAGGCGAGGCAAAGGUUUUUCGGCCCAGGGACAGAGAUGACAUGGUGAAGAGAGUGAUUGAACCAAUGGCCUCCGAGGGCUUGAGGACCAUCUGCCUGGCUUACAGGGACUUUCCUGCCUCUGAUGGUGAACCGGACUGGGAAAACGAGACCGAUAUCCUGACCAGGCUCACCUGUGUGUGUAUCGUGGGUAUUGAAGACCCAGUGAGACCAGAGGUCCCUGAUGCCAUUAGAAAGUGCCAGCGUGCUGGAAUCACAGUGCGCAUGGUCACCGGGGACAAUCUUAACACUGCCCGUGCUAUAGCAACUAAAUGUGGCAUCCUGCAGCUAGGAGAUGACUUUCUUUGCUUGGAGGGCAAAGAGUUCAACCGCCGGAUCCGUAAUGAAAAGGGAGAGAUUGAACAAGAGCGGAUUGACAAAAUAUGGCCUAAACUCCGGGUGCUGGCAAGAUCUUCACCAACAGACAAGCAUACACUAGUCAAAGGUAUAAUUGAUAGCACCGUUGUGGAGCAGAGGCAGGUUGUGGCGGUAACAGGAGACGGCACCAAUGAUGGCCCUGCCUUAAAAAAGGCUGAUGUUGGGUUUGCCAUGGGCAUUGCCGGCACAGACGUGGCUAAAGAAGCCUCCGAUAUCAUUCUCACUGACGACAACUUCAGCAGCAUUGUCAAGGCCGUCAUGUGGGGGCGGAACGUGUAUGACAGCAUUUCUAAAUUCCUCCAGUUCCAGCUCACCGUCAAUGUAGUGGCUGUGAUCGUGGCCUUCACUGGAGCUUGCAUCACACAGGACUCUCCUUUGAAAGCUGUACAGAUGUUAUGGGUAAAUCUGAUUAUGGACACAUUUGCCUCUUUGGCCUUGGCCACUGAACCCCCCACUGAAUCACUUUUGCUGAGGAAGCCUUACGGCCGCAAUAAACCCCUCAUCUCCCGGACAAUGAUGAAGAACAUAUUGGGUCACGCGGUCUACCAGCUCACCAUCAUCUUUACUUUACUUUUUGCUGGUGAAAAGUUGUUCGACAUCGACAGUGGACGUAACGCCCCUCUUCACGCACCUCCCUCUGAGCACUACACCAUAGUCUUCAACACCUUUGUAUUGAUGCAGUUGUUCAAUGAAAUCAACGCACGAAAGAUCCAUGGAGAACGCAAUGUUUUUGAGGGCAUUUUUAACAACAUGAUCUUCUGUACCAUCGUCUUUGGGACUUUUAUUAUUCAGAUUGUGAUAGUGCAAUUCGGAGGAAAGCCAUUCAGCUGUGUGGGGCUGAGCGUUGAGCAUUGGCUAUGGUGCACUUUCUUGGGUUUUGGGGGUCUACUAUGGGGACAGGUCAUCUCAACCAUCCCAACGAGUCGGCUGAAGUUCCUGAAGACUGCUGGUCAUGGAACGCAGAAGGAGGAAAUACCAGAUGAAGAGUUGGAGGAGCUUGAGGACCUGGAUGAAAUCGAUCAUGCUGAGCGCGAGCUCCGCAGGGGGCAGAUCCUCUGGUUCAGAGGUCUGAACCGCAUUCAGACUCAGAUGGAUGUUGUGAGUGCGUUCCAGAGCGGAAUUUCCUUUCAGGCGGCCGUCAGGCGCCAGCCCUCCAGCACCAGCCAACAGCACGAUAUCCGAGUGGUGAAUGCAUUCCGCAGCUCGCUGUCGCCCUAUGAGGGCCUGGAGAAGCCGGAGUCUCGCACCUCCAUCCACAACUUCAUGACCCAUCCGGAGUUCCGAAUAGAGGACUCUGAACCCCACAUCCCCCUCAUCGACGACACGGAUGCAGAGGACGACGCCCCCACUAAGAGAAACGCCACACCCACGCCGCCUCCUCCAUCCUCACCCAAUCAGAACAAUAACGCCGUGGACAGCGGCAUCCACCUCUUCCUGGAUCCCAGCAAGCCAGCUACACCCUCAGCUCCUGGUAGCCCCAUGCACAGCCUAGAGACGUCCCUUUGAUCGGCUCCGCCCCUCGGCAUGACACAACACCUGCUUGUCUCCAAAGAGACUAAAGCCUGGAGAACUCAUUGGAUGAGAGGGGCGGAGCCAAGGAGCUCUCGGGAGCUUAGCUCUUAGCUUUUGCUUCUCUUUAUCUGGAUGGUGUUGUACAUUUGUUCUUUUUGCCCUUUGCUUAUUCAAACACUGAUUUCUGCAUCAUUUGGCUGUUAAUAUUUUGAAUUAUUAUUUAUGUUUUGUUUUUGUUUUUCAUUUUUUGGAAGACACAGGUCUGUUUACAAAGUUUGUAGAUACUUUUUUUUCUUCUGUUCGUUGGUGGAAGAGCUUCCUGAUGCAGAGAAAUGGGGACAAAUGAAAUAAGAGAAAUAUUUCAGAUACUGCUGUAUUUUCAGGAAAAAAAAGGGUGUUUCUAUGGAAACCGAACUAUUUUUGCCUGCAAGUUUUAUUUGUUAUAUAUUUGUAGAUACAUAGAACCUUCAAGCCAAAUAGAUAACACUAAGGCUUGUAUAGCAGUGAGCAGAGGUAUUGAGGUCCAUGGGAGGUUUUUUUUGUUUGUUUUGUUUUUUUUUGUUUCAUUGAAUGGGCGAGGAGAGGGAGCCGUAGACGAGGAUCUCUGUCCAUAAAUCUCCUCUCAUACUUACUACUUCACCCCUUAAAGUCAUGGUUGGUUUUAUUUUUAAGUUCCGAGUUUCAUGUCUCAUUCUCAUUUGGAAGUUAAGGAGUAUCUGAAAUGGCUGGAGCUGGAGUCUUCACGCUUUAAAAGGUGUGAUGUUUUUUUUUUGUUUUUUUUGAAGUGGAGGUCCAGGUCGCCUUUAAAGAAUGAAUGCAUCUGUUAUUUAACUGUUUGAAAUGGUCCACAGUCAGUUCAUUGACAUCAAGACAUUAAGUUCCUGCCAAUGUAUCAUAAGUUUGUUUACUCAGGCUGAAAAAAAACAAACCAACUAGCAGACUGAAUUGAAAAGGAUGCAAUGAUUAAAGAGUAAAGCAUUUUAACUUAAGAUUGUCUUUUAGGUAGUAAAUUGCUGUCUCAGUUAAAAGGAAAAAUAAAAGGAGGAAAAUGA